CCCCACCCUAUCUCUGACGACAGAGACGCAGACACAGCAGCUGUUCCGGGGAUCAGAGAGCGGAGGACACGGAUCAGGGUUCGCAUCUCCGGCAGCGUCCAGGACCAUGGCGUACCAGCACAAGCUAGCCGAGAAGCUGACCAUCCUGAACGAGAGGGGCAGGGGUGUGCUCAUCCGCAUCAACUACAUCAAGAAGACAUGUUCGGACCCGAAGCUCAGACCCUCAUGCCUCACAGAGAAGAGCAUGGAGUCGGCUGUAAAGUACAUCAACAAGAAAUUCCCUAACAUCGACUUCCGAUCAAACAAUCAAAAUCUGAACAACAUCCAGAAGGAGAAGUCUGAAGUGCUGAAGACCCUGACGAGUUUCUACCAUACCUUCAUCGACGUAAUGGAGUUCAGGGACCAUGUUUAUGAGUUGCUGAACACAAUCGAUGCCUCCCAGUGUUUCUUCAAUAUUACUGUGAACUACGAGUUCACGAAGAGUUACCUUGACCUGAUUGUCACCUACACCUCUGUGAUCCUCAUGCUGUCCCGCAUCGACGACAAGAAGGUCCUGGUGGGGAUGUACAACUGCGCUCACGAGAUGUCCAACGGAGCCAGUGACUCCGCGUACCCUCGGCUGGGGCACAUGCUGCUGGAGUACGAGCCGCCCUGGAAGAAGCUGACUGAAGAGUUCGGGCCGCACACCAAGGCGGUGACAGAAGCCCUGCUUUCUCUCCAGUAUCUUUUCCCACGUCGGAACCUCCCGGCGGAACAGUGGCGCAGUGCCCAGCUUCUCAGCCUCCUGAGCGCUGCAGCAACCAUGCUGAACCCCAUCCACAGCGAGAUGAUGCUGUGUGAAUAUCUGCCAAUGGAGGUGAUGGAGCGAUGGAUAAUCAUUGGGUUCCUGCUGUGCUACAGCAGCCUGGCCACCAACCCGCCCUCCCUGGAGCUGUGGAAGAGUGCGCUGAAGAGCAGCUUGUGCGUCACGCUGAUCCGGGACGAGGUGCUGCUGGUACACAAGGUCAGCGAGGACUUCUUCGAUGGCUUCAAGGGACACAGUAAAAGGAUUGCAGAUAUAAAGGAAUGCAGGGAGUAUGCCGUCGCCAACAGUGGGCAGAUCCACAGGGAAAGAAGAAACUACCUGAGGAGUGCUGUCAAGGAACUCGUCAAUAUUCUCUCAGAUGAACCCGGGCUGCUGGGACCCAAGGCCCUGUUCGCCUUCAUGGCUCUCUCUUUCUCCCGGGAUGAGGUCUGCUGGCUGGUCCGUCACUCUGAACACGUUCUCAAGACCAAGACCCCUGAAGACUAUGUGGACGCGCACAUGGCAGAGCUGCUGUUCUGCAUGGAGUCACUUCGUGCUCUGCUGCGACGCCACACCCCUGUGCUCCAGCGAUACCACCUGCAGUACUUGGCACAGUUCGACGCGCUGGCACUCAAAGACACCGUGCAGAGCCUGCUAGUCUGUCCGGAGGAGGAGUCCAUCCUGAUGUCCUCGUUCGUCUCGACUCUGUCCUCAAUGACUCUGAAGCAAGUGGACAGUGGGGAGGAGUUUGACCUGAGAGGGCUCAGACUUGAUUGGUUCAGACUGCAGUGCUACACCAGCGUGGCCAAGGCCCCGAUGAGUCUCCGAGAGUGUCCACACCUGGCCCACCUCAUGAACAUGAUCGUCUUCCACACCUGGAUGAUGGAUGGCAUUGAGAGCCUCAUCCAGGAGACCUCGGACCUCUCCAUCUUCUGCUUCUACCCGCGAGUGUUUGAGAAGAUGUUUUCUCACAGCAGCGAUGACCCUCAAAUGCAG